AGCCAGCCAGCGCCUAGAGACGACUACCCACCGUAGUAGAUGCUGUGAACAACACUGGGCCGCCCUACCACACCCAUUUGCAUCCACAACUACCCCUUCGCGACAUCUACAACACCCACGAACACAUCGCAUCCGCGUCACUUCCCAUCACUCUCCCUUGGCACGCGCACUCUCCUUGUCCCGCCACCGCUCCACGACACGACACGCAGCCCCCGCUUUCCUGAUAGAGCUGCCGUCGACGACGACAACAUCCGCGGCGUGCGCACCGACUCGAGCGAUCUUGCGCAUCUCAACUUAACCACGGCCGCCGUACAGGCCGCUUUCGCACCCACCACCCAACCCCUCACUCUCCCUUGAACACCAAAACACAGACAUGGCUACGAGCCCGUCGGUCCUCUCCCCCCCACAGACCCAGUACGCGCUCGACUUUCUCUCCCUCGCCGGCCUCGACAGCCAUACCCCAAACCUCGGGGACAUUGAAUCGCCCUCGGCGUCAAUCGGUUUUGAGCAACAGUCUCAGCACCAGCCCGCGUCGUCGUCUUCUGCAUCGCAUCACGCCGCCGCCGUCGCUGCCGCAGCAGCUGCAGCCGCCGCCGCCGACGCCGAAUACGACGUCCCACUAGACGACCCGUCUCCCAUCAGCCUCGACUCGCGCCCAGUGAGCAAUCCUGGUCGCAGCCGGAGCGCCGCGUCUCGUAGCAACAACGGCGCAGGAGGAGGCUCAAAGAAGUCGUCGUCUGCUCGGGGAAAUCUCUCGGCUGCCAGCCCGAUGGACGUCGACAACUCGACCACGAGCAAUGGAGGGGGCGGUUCUGGUCACGCCUCGGGCCAUCUCGGCGGCGUCAGCUCUGGCCACAGCACGCCUGGAAUCGAAGCAAACGACAUUCUCAACGCCAACCCCAUGGAGAUGAGCCCCGCCGUCUACGACGCCAUCCAGGCGGGCAUCUUACAACAUCAGUUGCUAACCUCGCUCCUCGCGCAGCUCGAGGCAAUCCACAUGCAGUCGCCCUUUACGGCCGCCCAGAACCCUACAUCUCCCUACGGCGCAAUGGCCCAAAUGUUCCUCACGUCGCCACCCGACCACAGUCAACUUCCCGAACCUGCACAAAGUGGUCAGUUCUUUGACAGUCGCGGACACCGCAAGAUUAGCGCCUCCCAUGUGCUAGCUGGUGUUCUCACUCCGGGCCCCAGUGGAGAGAUGGCUCCAGAAAUGCGCAUGGACCUCAUGAGUCCAAUGCAGCUCGAGAUGCUCGCCAGGGGCGAGUUUAUUGAGGGCAUGGACAACUUCAACCCGGUCCCAUUGCUAUCUCCUGCGCUGUCCCAUCACGCCGGCUCGAGCUACGCGUCGCCGGUCGCACAGGCUGCGUUUGGAACAUCUGGUCAAGGCCACAGCGGCCAGGGUCAGCAACGGCAUGACACUGUCAGUGCCAACCAGCAUGCCCUUGAGCAGCUCCAGUUCCAGCAGCGCCAGUUCCAGGAACAGCUGGCAUUGCUUCAGGAGCAGCAGCGGCAGCUCCAGGCUACCGCCGCGGCCGUCGCCGCUGCUUCUGGAUCACCAUACAUGUCCCCCCAGCAGCAGCCUCACCAGCAGCAACAACAGCAGCAACACCGACCUGCCGUCACACCUGGUUCCGUGCCCACUGGUCACCCAGGCAGCUCGGUCAAUACCCCAUCGCCUGGCGGCUACUUUUCACCACUUACCUCCCCCGCCCUUGAGCCAGCAGUGAGCCGCUCGGCCCACCUCCGGGCUGCCGCGGCGCAUCUGUCUCCAGCAUUGCAUGCCCAAUCACCACGUGGACCGCAUCCUCUCUCCGCACUGUCUUCCCCUGCCCUCAACCCUGUCGGUUCGUCCGGCGGUGCCCAGCAGACCCUCUCACCUGCGCUCGCGCCUCAAACCGGCGGCGAUGUCGCCGAUCCCGACUACCUCUAUGCUCUUCAGGGCAUCCUCGCUGGGAACGGCGAGGCGCAGGGUGCGUACAAUGGGUCGCCAGUUAUCGGGCCUCCCAGCGCAAUGCAGUCACCAGCAUUUGGCCCAAGCGGCACCGGCCCCCACCGCGGGUCUCUGCCAGCCAAAUCGCGCCCGUCGCCAAUGAUGAAGCCGACAUCGCACCGUUCCCACGGCCGCGGUCCGUCCACAUCGACCUCGGUGCCAACGUCUCCCAUGGCUUUCAAGAUUGCCCAGGGCGGAAAGGGCUAUCUGCCUCCGGCCGCCAUUGAUCAGCGGGGUGUCCAGCAGAUGCAGCAGCAACAGCUCCAGCAGCAGCAGCAGCCAGGCAGCGCCGCGUCGACACCAUCACCCGUUGACCUGGCUCAAAUCAUGCCACCCCCACCUGUGCCUGGUUCGACAAGCCGUCCAAAGACCCUCACGCCUAUGACGCCAGCAAGUUUGAUGAACCUGGGAAAAGCCGAUGCAAAGGCAGAGCCGCAAUCAGAUUCCCGCCGCCAGCCGCCCCCGUCUGCCCCGCCAGUGCGUGCCGCAGCGAAACGCGCAACCGCAAGUAUCGCCCCGGCCCCGCCAGCGCCCGCUGCUGCCAAGCGUGGUAGCCGAUUAGUUCCGUCUGGGGGCGCCGCUGCCACCAAGCGCGCACUAGCUAUCCGGCCGCCCGGUGGCGUGGGUGUGCGUGCCGCCACAAAGGGUGCUGCGGCGGCUGCCGCCGCGGCUGCCACCAACGAGCCAGAGACGAGGAGAACGUCACACAAGGCGGCUGAACAAAAGCGUCGUGACAGUCUCAAGGCAGGGUUUGACGAGCUGCGAUUGCUCUUGCCGCCUAUCAACACUGAGGCCUUGGACCCCGAAUCUGGCGAGCCAAUCCCAGGUUCGUCUGCUCCUCGAUUGCUACCAAAGUCGUCUCUUGUCCCGGACGACAACCCGAACCGUGGUGUGUCCAAGGUCGCGCUGCUCAAGUUCUCCAACGAGUACAUUGUCCGACUACACGAAAAGGUGGAGAAGCGCGACGACUACAUCGACAAGCUUCGGGACGAGAUCCGACGACUACGCGGCCUCGGAGACCCUGCACUCGUCGAUGACGAAAUCCGCGGCGACGAGGGCGAGGACCUCCUCGACAUGGACAUGUUGGAGGGAGAGGAAGAUGACCUGGGGGAUGAUGAAGAGGACGAGGAGGACGAGAUGGAGGUGGACGAGUCGGCGUCGUCCAGGCGGGCGACGUCAAAGGCGGGCAAGUCGCCUGCGCUCCUGCCAACAAAACGGCCGGGCUUGUCCCGAAGUGCAAGCAGUAACACGAGCACAAAGUCGGGCAGGAGGGUGAGUGCGGCAGAGUAG